CCUAGAUGCCCAUUGAGUUGGCAUUGAGCACCGAGAGAAUCAUACUUGUCACUUUCAGCUACGAGAAGCGCUCGGGUUUCUAUAAAACCUUUCCUUGCCCUCCUUAAUCCAAGUUUGGUUUUAAUCAAGCUGCAUUUCAUUCGAGCUACAAUCUAUUGAAGUCUCAUCCUCAGGUAUCAAAUCUUCAAUUUUCUCUUCCUUCGCAACUAGAAACACUGGAUACACCACACAAAAAUUGGUGCGGUACUUCCUUCGCCCCUCGCACCAACAUGGCUUCUCACGGACCUUCCGAUAAGGAGAUGCUCCUUGAUGCUCUUGCUCAAACACUCGGAAAAGAAGCAGUCGAAACAAUCGAGCCGAGGGAGGUCGAGCAACCAGAGGAAGAGGAAGAAUCUGAGAUUCCUCACAAGGGGCCUAUUUGCAUUACCCAGAAGGCCACGCCCAUGAACUACAGAAAUGGCCCCACUGAUAUAGUGGUUGGAUUCAAGUCUCAAUGUCCACGAUGGGUCCCUGGCUCUGUUAUCAAAUGGGCAGCAUGGCGUCAAGGCUUCGAGAGCCAGGACGACGCCAACUACGCUGCUUCCCAGCUUGCCAUCGCAGCCGAUGUGUGGAACAAGGCUGAUAUCGGUGUUACCUUCGAGUGGGUGCACCUGGCCAAGGAUGCUACUUUUGUUCUCUCCAAUGGUGGUGAUGGCGAUGGCACCCUGGCCGAGGCCUUCUUUCCAAACUCCGACGACCUAAGCUCUAUGCUUGUCUUUUCGGAUGCCUUUACAGACGAGUGGAGGGGCAGCAUGUGGAAGAUCUUUACACACGAGCUUGGCCAUGUUUUGGGUCUCAGGCACGAAUUCGCUAUCGAAGGCCUUCCCAUCUAUGGCAUCAAGCCGGAGAAACUGGGUGCCGUCCGUCUGGGCCCUCGUGACCCUAAGUCAGUUAUGACUUACUCGCCUGAUCCUCCGGAGAUGCAGCAGUCCGAUAUUGACUCUACCAAGCAGUUCUAUGCUUUGAGGGCAGACGCUAAUGGAAACCCCCCCAAGGUGGGAUUCACCAAGGUCGUCGACUACACACCGCGAUGA